UCGGUGUUCUCUGCCCCUGUAUCCACUGUCACAAGUCCGGUACCGACAGUAGUCGUCGAUUCCGCUGCACUUGCUAGGAAACCGCCACCACCGCCCACACCAGCUCGACCUCGCGUAUCAGGAGGAGUUAACUCCGCCCCAUCCCUGGCGUCUGCGCCAGAGGGCCAGUCGACGAAGUACAUGGGGCUACCCCAACGAUCCCCAUCGAGCCGCUCCCUCUCACCAGUGCCUCGGUCGUCCUCUGCCCCGAGUGUCUCCGCACCUCGAGCAAUACCCAACGGCAGCUUAUUUCACGAGAGUACAGUUCCAGAACACGGCCCGUUCACGGAGUCUCCACCACCCUUACCCGCGAGGCCAGGAGGUGCGCCGCUAACAGAUGAGCUUGGGCGACGAUUGCCACCGUCCGCACCCCCAUCCAGUUCUAUGUCCCUCCGCCAUCGACCAACAGUGUCUACCAGUGCUGUUCCUGCUCGUGGUCCACCUCCCUCAGUUCCACCCCGCCCAUCGACCAGUAACAAGAUCUCUCCUGUCCUGCGACCAGAAGUACUUUCGUCUGAAGCACCACCGCUCCCUUCCCGCCCACGCAUAUCUCCUAUCUCAUCCACCGAAGACCCAUCCACAAUACAUGGUUCAGGUUCCAAUUCAUCAGUAGUCGCGUCGCCCUCCUCUUCGUCUGGAGGGACUCCGUCGCAAGGGGUCGCACCGCCGUUACCCUUACGCAAGGUUAAUCCGCCGCUACCUGUUUCAGGGACGUCCCUAGGCUUAUCUCCUGAAACACCGCCAAGCAUUCCUCGCAUGCCCCGUUCUGUACCUCCUAUGCACCCCGCAAUUGAAAAGCGUCAAGCAUCCCUCCAUGAAAGCAGCACAAGCCCGCCCCCCGCGCCUAAUCCUGUUCCCGCACAUACACCUCCUCCAACCCGCGCAGUCGACCUCCUAUCAAGUCUCAUUCCUUCUUCAUCUCUACCACAUCUUCCACCUCCUUCGCGAAGCAUCCCAAACUCUAUUCGUGCGCCGAAAAGGGAGAAGAGCGGAGACGACGACAGCGAGAGCGAAGAAGAGUACGAGAACGGAGAUCUUCUCUCCCCACCAGGCGCUUCGGGCUCGUCUGUUCAUUUGCCUGUACCUGGAACAGGCCUCCGCAGAGGUAUUGAAGACAUGCCAGAUACAACGCAUUCCAAUCGGCGACCGCCGCAUAUGUUCGUUGACCAGCGUUCUUUUCCCGCUCGGAGUCAUCUCAACCAGUGGCCAGUGGUAGCAAUGGCCGGCUCGUUCGUCGUGGUCGCGAACUGGGGCCUCACAGUGUAUGACAUAGACAAGAGCGACACCGAAAACACUGUCGCGCUCAGUGUGAGCUUAGAAGAAACGGGUCUGGAAUGGAGAGUUAAGGAGCCGCGGGUCACUGCCGUUGAAUUUCGGCCCGGUGCGAUCAAGGAAGAAGACGGACGGUAUGCGUGGUGUGGAACGAAGGACGGCCAUCUGUGGGAACUCGACCUCUGGACAGGAAGAAUCACCGAAACGCGCUCGCAGGCUCAUUCAUCUGCUGUGACGCACAUAUUCAGGCAUCAAAGGAGCAUGAUCACUAUCGAGGAGAGCGGGAAGAUGUUUGUCUUCGACUCUGAUGAAGCUAGUGGGAUGGGUGCACCCCAAAUGAGCAUGAACCCGCGGCUCAUCAGGAUCGGGGAGAAGCAGACAUUCGCGAAGGUAUUGGGAAAGCAUGGGGAGGUUUGGACAAGUGAGGGGUCUGGGCCUGGUACGGUUGGAGGUGCGAAGAGCCUCUCGAGCACGCCGACAAAAGGCCCAACUAUAAGGAUAUACGACAUCCGCUCACAAGAGAAUGGAGGAGUGCCCUACCGCACCAUCGUUUGCCCUGAACCGCUCGGGGCAGUAACGACCGGCUGCAUCCUUCCAACCCAACCGGAUACGGUCUACCUAGGACAUGAAGGUGGUUGUCUGUCAAUCUGGUCUCUGGCGGACGAAGAGCCCAAGUUCAUCACAGGCGUUAAGAUCGGCCCAACUGACAUCCUCGCCCUCGAAGGGGUUACGAAUCGCCUUUGGAUCGGAAAUCGACAAGGCAUCAUCGCCGCGUAUGAUGUUGCCCCCUGGCCGUGGAAGCUGACCAAUUUGUGGCGAGCGCAUGGGGACAACCCGGUGUCGAAGUUGAUGGUGGACGUCAUCGGUAUCGAGAGAAAUCAGAGACUGGCUGUGCUUAGUAUGGGGAAGGAUGAGAAAGUGAGAAUAUGGGAUGGGCUUCUCACAUAUCAUUGGAUCAAUGAUGAGCUGCUUAAGCGGGAGGAGCAAUUCAGUACCUUCCGACCGAUCAAUGUCUUGCUUUGUACCUGGAACGUAGAUGCAGCGAAACCUGAGAUGCUCACUGGCACACCGGACAACGCCACUUUCUUCGAGCAAGUUUUGCAUUCUGUCAACGCCCCUGAUAUCAUCGUUUUCUCAUUCCAAGAACUUAUCGAUUUGGAUAAUCGCAAGCUGACAGCUAAAACUGUCUUACUUGGUGGUGGGAAACGCUCGGAUGGCGGCAUCUCUGAUAAAGUAUCCAGCCGUUACCGUCUCUGGUAUGAGAAGCUUGUCUACGCGGUUCGCGUUGCCAUGCCUGCCGAACAACCCUAUGUUCCGAUAUUAACCGAAAAUCUCGUUGGCCUGUUCACUUGUGUGUUUGCACGAGCAUCGGAGAAGUCUUCUUUCAAGGAUGUUCAUAUAACCACAGUGAAGCGGGGAAUGGGUGGCAUGUACGGCAACAAGGGCGCUAUUGUUGCUCGGUUUACAGUCGACGAUUCGUCUUUGUGCUUCAUCAACUGUCAUCUUGCAGCUGGUCAGCGUCAUGUGAGGGAACGAAAUACGGAUGUCGCUGCUGUCAUGGAAGAUAAAACGCUUCUUCCCGAGAGUGAGAUUGCUGAUGAUGACAACUUGGCGUAUGGAGGCGGUGGCGAUGGUACGAUGGCUUUGGAUCAUGAGAUCUGCUUCCUCAAUGGCGAUCUCAACUAUCGCAUUGAUCAGCGGCGUGACACAGUUAUCACGAAUAUCAAGAACGAUAGUCAUGCUGAUUUAUUGGCGCAUGACCAAUUGCAGAAGGAGCUGAAGAAUAAUCCUGGAUUCCGAUUGCGAGGGUUCAGGGAGGCACCCAUCACAUUCAAACCCACGUACAAGUACGAUCGACGGAGCGAUGAUUACGAUUCGUCUGGAAAACAACGGACACCAGCCUGGUGCGAUCGUAUCCUUUUCCGGUGCCGUGAUCCCAAGCGUAUCGAACCUCUUGCGUACAAGCGCCUUGAGCCGAACAUCUCUGAUCAUCGACCAGUCGUAGGCGUGUUCAGGGUGACCGUCAAAUCGCUCACACAUGAACUCCGCCAAAAGGUGAAGCAGCAGCUGCUUGAAGAGUGGAAGGCUGAGCUGUCCAAAACCCUCGGGCUUGCGGUGGAAGCGUACGGGCAGCAGGGGCUGCUGGUAAAUACUCAAGCUCAUUGAUACCCAUCAUUAUAUGGUAUUCCCGUGGUUUCACCCCACUACUCCUGCUUGUAACCACGUCCAUCUGUUCUCAUAAGCGACACACUGUAUUCUAAGU